ACAAUAUUCCCAUUCUCAUAUAAGAACGAAUGACAAUCGAGUUCAGUCAAUAAUCAGAGUUACUCUAUGUAACAGCCAUAUUAAAGGUUGGGACUUCAUGUAUAAUGCAAUACAAAAUAAGUUGCGAACAAUUUAAAGACAAACAAAAAAAGUAUAAAAUAAAACUCAACUAAAAGUCCUAUUGGAUGUUGGUGGAAUCAAAUCAAAUCAAAAAAAAAUAAAACUUUACAAUAGAAUGUGUAUGAUGAAAAUAUUGCUAAAUUAUACAAAUAAUAAUCAAAAGUGUUCCACGAGUUCUAUUCUAACAAUAAGUACUUCGUGCGUUCGGCAGUUGAAGAAUUUUUGGAAUUUUUAUAAUUUCAAAAAUCUGAAAAAUAAUGGGAUUUUUCUCAAAGGCGGCGUAUAUUGUAUGGGCUGUUCUUUUCGAGCAAGAGAUUAUGAGCUAUGUGCCCAUAGAAGAACGAAGUCCUCAGGGUUCACCUGUACUCAAUUCACGAAUGCUACAGCGGGCUCCACCACCAUUUCGACGUGAUUUCGAAGCGAAAUUAAGAUGUUUCUAUAGAAAACUGGAGUCAAAGGGUUACGGUCAAGGACCGCAUAAAUUAAAAUUACAAAUACGUCGUACACAUUUGCUGGAAGAUGCAUUUCGUCGUAUUAUGUCAGCCAAUAAAAAAGACUUACAAAGAGGCCGUUUGGCGGUCUUAUGGGACACCGAAGAGGGUCUCGAUUAUGGAGGACCAUCUAGAGAAUUUUUCUUUUUAUUAUCGCGUGAACUAUUCAAUCCCUAUUACGGUCUAUUUGAAUAUUCCGCCAAUGAUACUUACACCGUACAAGUGUCACCGUUGUCGGCCUUCGUGGAUAACUGCCACGAUUGGUUCCGCUUCAGUGGUCGUGUUUUAGGCCUGGCCUUAGUACAUCAGUAUCUGUUGGAUGCAUUUUUCACACGACCAUUUUACAAAGCUUUAUUAAGACUUCCCGUAGCUUUAAGUGAUUUAGAAUCUUUAGACAAUGAAUUCCAUCAGUCAUUACAGUGGAUACGUGAUAAUGACAUUGGAACCGGCAUUGACUUGGGCUUAACAUUCUGUGUAACGGAGGAGCUAUUGGGUCGUGUAGUGGAGAGAGAACUUAAGCCGGGUGGCAAAAAUAUAAUAGUCAAUGAGAAGAACAAAAAAGAAUACCUCGAGCGCAUGAUUAAAUGGCGUUUGGAAAGAGGUGUACAGGAACAAACGGAAUCAUUAGUACGUGGCUUCUAUGAAGUCGUUGAUUCGCGUUUGGUUUCGGUAUUCGAUGCCCGUGAAUUGGAAUUAGUUAUAGCUGGUACGGCUGAAAUCGAUAUUAACGAUUGGCGCUUAAACACCGAAUAUCGUUCGGGUUAUCAUGAUAAUCACCAGGUCAUCAUAUGGUUUUGGCAGGUGAUUGAGAAAUUUACGAAUGAACAAAGACUACGUCUAUUGCAGUUUGUCACCGGCACCUCUAGUAUACCCUAUGAAGGUUUUUCCGCUCUCAGGGGUUCCACCGGACCCCGGAGAUUUUGCAUUGAAAAAUGGGGUAAACCGAAUGCUUUGCCCAGAGCUCAUACCUGUUUUAAUCGUUUAGAUUUACCACCAUAUCCUACACCGGAAUUACUCUAUGAAAAAUUAUUAUUGGCUGUCGAAGAAACAAAUACAUUUGGUAUCGAGUAAGUGUGCAUUACAUAUAAAGUUUAAACAAAAAAAAAAAAACAAAACAAAACAUUUACCUGUUAAUUAAAAAUUUAACCUU